GGGAAACUGCGGUACUUUCAGAUCACAAUGGCCAAACUCGUGAGGCUACUAUAUGCAAUUGUUGCGGCGACUACCGUCUAUCUGGCCUAUCACAUUUUCAUUUCACCGUCAUCAAACAACCCGUCACCGCUCUCAGAAAACAUUGAAAAGAUCUGCUACACCAUUGAGGGCUUUGAAACCUGCCCCUAUUUUCAAUCUGCCAAACGCCUUGGAGGACGACUGGCAGAACGCACGAGUGGACCAUCCAUUGAUACCAAAAUCACUUCUUGGACGCGUCAAGAAUGGAAUGACCGCAAGCAAGUUUUGCGAAAGACGAUCCCUGGUGCGCAAAAUCAUUUUACCUCACCGUUUGUGUGGAAGGGGUGUGACGGGCAAGCGAUUGAGUUUGUGGGCGGGUUUACGGAUUUUGAAGCAAAAGUAAGGACCAUAAAUUAGAUUCUCGAUGCUAAGAGGCAGAGGACACUGUACGAAGAAUAUCCCGGCCGUGUGUUUGUUGAUACCAUUUCAUUCAGUCAUAAGACCGGCCACACUUUGCUAGCCGCAGAUUCUCAGAGUUGUCCUAUAAAUAUAUUGUCCCUAUGAAGCCAAUACAGCCAUA